GUCAGAGGAGAACCUUUCAAAUGCUGACAGCCUUAGUCUAGUGUUUUGAAUGUGAUGCAGACAUGCUUUAGUCUAUUCCCCUGUUACAUGAGCAUUAAAUACACGUCGAUUGGCAUUUUGCACUUAUUUCGUGUCUUCUAUAGGCAGUCAGAGUCGUGCUUCACUGAUAGUCAGAGGAGAACGUAUUUAUUCUUUGUCAUCUAUAGGUAAGCAGUCCUAUCAGUUGGUGGUUGGGUGCGACGGUUGCUUCAGCCAGUCCCCUCUUGCAUAAGCAUUAAAUACAUUUUGGACCAUGUGGGACUUUUUGUAUACUGUCAUUGUUACAGAAGACUCCAAGCCUGAGUCGUCUUUUGUUCCAAGCUGCAUCGAUUAUAAGCUAUGCCAACGAAGUCAUAGUUAGUACCCAAUCACACUAUCAAUUGGUGUAUACAGCCGGAUAUGGUCAACUAGUCCCUUGCCUGCCUUAGUUAACAGAGCUAUGAUAUCAAGUCCCUAGUGCAUAUGUGAAGCUUUCAUGGGGAACCCCGGUGCAAUUCAUCGUUCUAUUACCCUCCAAGUCUUCACUGUCUUCUCCCUUGUUGCCUUUUUUGUAGCAGAUCAUGUCCAGGGAGGAGAUGAUGGGUGCCCACCUUUCUCCUGUGGACAUCUCCGAGACAUAUUGCCUCCUUUCCGCCGGCGAGGUGAUCCUCUUGAGUGUGGUGUUGAAGCAUACGAGCUGGGUUGCACCAGUAGCAAGGCUACAAUUCAAAUCAACACGGGAACAUACUAUGUGACUGCCAUCAACUACCCCGGUUCCUACUUUUUGGUCAUCGACACCAACUCCGAUACCAGCAGCAGCUGCCCUCUUCCACUGUGGAAUCACGUUCCUUAUUCAGGACCCUAUGAAAAAAGCUAUUUAUAUUCAAAUGGCUUUAAUAAUUUGCAGACUCGAAGCCUCUACAGAGCAUGUUUUGCUAAUUGUUCGCAGGCAGUAAUGGAUAAUAGUUCAUACAAGCCCGUUGCUUGCCUGAGUGCCAAAGAUUCCCAUGUUUAUGUCUGGGUAUCUGAGUCUGUAUGUGGGGUUGAAGAUCUUAAACCUUAUUGUGGAUACGUGGCCUUGACUCCAUUUCUCGUCACGUAUUCUGUUGAUCUGCAACAGCUACGGAAUGCAAGUUAUGUAGAUCUCACAAAACUCAUAAGUAAGGGGUUUACUGUCUAUUUUCCUGUGGAAGCAGGUGAUAUCCGUUCUGUUUCUAGGACAAUCAAUAUAUGCCUCAACAGGACAACCAGCUACUUCAAGGAGCAAAUAUCUGGCACAAGCAUCGUGAAUUGGACUCAUGCUAUUUUCUGGAGUGAGGUGCAUUUCUUAGAAUGCGUAACUGAUACCAACUUUGGUAGCACCUACACAACAGAGUCGCUUUUACUUGUUGUAACCAUAUUAUCUGCUAUUGGCAUCUCCAAGUUCCUUUUCGUACUAUGCAGGUUCUUGUUGGCACCCCUGGCUGUAUGGAUAUUCCUAGGCUACAAGUACUGGAAAACAAUGAUCAUAAUUGAUGCAGUUGAGAAGUUCCUCAGGAUUCAACAAAUGAUUGGCCCAACGAGGUACUCCUACACAGACAUCGUUGCAAUAACAAGCCAUUUCAGAGAUAAACUGGGCCAAGGGGGAUACGGCACCGUGUACAAGGGCGUGCUACUCCCAGGCGAUGUUCAUGUCGCCGUGAAGAUGCUAGAGGGGAACUCAAACUGCAAUGGAGAGGAUUUCAUCAGCGAGGUCUCCACCAUUGGCAGGAUCCACCAUGUCAACGUGGUUCGUUUAGUGGGGUUCUGCUCGGAGGAAAUGAGAAGGGCCUUAGUCUACGAGUACAUGCCCCAUGGCUCUCUAGACAAGUACAUCUUCUCUGCUGAGAAGAGCUUCUCAUGGGACAAGCUCAACGAGAUCGCUCUGGGCAUUGCCAGGGGGAUCAACUACUUACAUCAGGGGUGUGACAUGCAGAUUCUGCACUUUGACAUCAAGCCGCACAACAUCCUUCUCGACAGCAAUUUCGUCCCAAAGGUCGCUGAUUUCGGGCUCGCCAAACUGUACCCGAGGGGCGACAGUUUUGUGCCACUGAGCGCUAUGCGGGGAACGGUCGGCUACAUAGCCCCCGAGAUGAUAUCCCGGAGCUUUGGUGUCAUAUCCAGCAAGUCUGACGUGUACAGCUUCGGGAUGCUGCUGCUGGAGAUGGCUGGCGGGAGAAGGAACGCCGACCCAAACGCGGGGAGCUCAAGCCAGGCGUACUACCCGUCAUGGGUUUACGACCAGCUGACCCGGGAAGAAGCGGGCGAGGAGAUAUCACCUGUUGCUGCUGACAUGCAUGAGCUGGAGAAGAAGCUUUGCGUUGUCGGGUUAUGGUGUAUUCAGAUGAGGUCUUCCGAUCGGCCAACGAUGGGCGAGGUCAUUGAGAUUCUGGAGGCUGGGGCUGGCGGCCUACAGAUGCUUUCGAGGCCAUUUUUCUGUGACGAAGGGCACAUCCAUGUGGAGGACUCUUACCAUUUCACUUCGGAGCUGACUGCGGUCUCAGAAGAGGAAUUGAGUGCGGUGUCGGAGGAGGAAGACGAUGUGUGAGACAUACAGAGUAUGAUAUAAUUUAUGUAUGUGUAUAUGCGUGUACCAUGGAGUUAUGGUUGAAACAGUACGAAUCCAGUAUAAAAUGUUUUGUGCAAACUGGAUUCCUUGUUGUGCACUUGUUGCUGGAGAAACAGAGUAAUUCAAGCAAGUUUGAAAUCUUA